AUGGGUGCACCCAGGCCCAUGCUGCCGCUGCUGCUGCUGCUGCUGACCGCUGCCAUCGGCCGGGCCCGUAAGUGCGAGAGGGGCUCUGGGACGGGUGUGCUGUCAGCCCGCGGCAGUGGCUCUGGGCAUCCGGAUGGGACAGGGGCGGCAGCAGGUGCACCGGGGCUGGGAUGGGGCAGCGGAGCCCGGCCACAGUGGGUGUCCUGGAGCCUGCUGCUCUCUGCAGACAGGACCUGGGCAGUGGCCCUGCAAGGCGGGGAACGGACCCCCUGGGAAGCAGGCCCCUGGGAAGCGUGCUGCCAGCCCAGCGUUCUUUCUCCUUUUCUUACAGAGCAAGAAGUGCUGGAAAGCGUCAGCCCGAGCUGUUCAAAAGAUGCCACUCGAUUCAAGCACUUCCGGAAGUACCUCUACAACUAUGAGGUGGAGAGUUCCAGUGGGGUCCCUGGGACUGCAGAUUCAAGAAGCACCACCAGGAUCAACUGCAAGGUCGAGCUGGAGGUGCCCCACCUCUGCAGCUUCAUCCUGAGGACGAGCCAGUGCAUGCUGAGAGAGGUGUACGCCUUCAGUCCUGAGGGCAAGGCCCUGCUGAGGAAGAUGAAGAGCUCUGAGGAGUUUGCUGCAGCCAUGGCGAGGCACGAGCUCAGGCUGACUGCUGCGGAGGGGAAGCGAGUGUCCCUUUACCCAGAGGCUGAUGAGCCAAAGCACAUCCUGAACAUCAAGAGGGGUAUCAUCUCUGCCCUCCUGGCCCCCCUGGAGACAAACAUGGACACGCAAGAGUUGUUUCAGGAUACCGUGUAUGGAAACUGCUCCACUCACGUUACCGUGAAAACAAAGAAAGGAAAUGUGGUGACUGAGAUGUCCACAGAGAGGAACCUUCAGCAGUGUGAGGGCUUCCAGCCCGUGAGCUCCGGCGUCAGCCCCCUGGCCCUCAUCAAAGGCAUGGCCCGCCCCCUGUCAACUCUGAUCAGCAGCAGCCAGUCCUGCCAGUACACCCUGGAUGCCAGGGGCAAGCAUGUGUCAGAAGCCACCUGUAAGGAGCAGCACCUGUUUCUGCCUUUCUCCUACAAGAAUAAGUAUGGGAUGAUGGUGCAUAUUACACAGUCUUUGAAACUUGAAGACAUACCUAAGAUCAACAGCCGCAUCUUUAUUGAAGGCACACAGAGGGUGGGUCUGGCCUUGGAAAAUACCAAAGCCACAUCACCGCCAAAGCAGGCUGAGGCUGUGCUCAAGACUCUCCAGGAACUAAGAAAGCUGUCCAUUUCUGAGCAGAAUGCCCAGAGAGCAAACCUCUUCAAUAAGCUUGUUACCGAGCUGAGAGGCCUCAGCAGCGAGGCGGUAGCUUCCCUCUUGCCACAGCUGAUCCAGGUGUCCAGCCCUAUCACGUUGCAAGCCUUGGUUCAGUGCGGACAGCCCCAGUGUUACACUCACAUUCUCCAGUGGCUAAAAAGUGAGGGAGGCAACCCACUGCUGAUAGACAUCGCUACCUACCUACUGGCCUUGAUCCCAGAUCCCUCAGAGCACAGGCUACAGGAGAUCUUCAAUACGACCAAGGAACAGCAGAGCCGGGCUACCUUUUAUGCACUGAGCCGAGUGGUCAACAGCUAUUACGUAACCCAUAGAGUGACCCAGGACCUGCAUGACAUCGCUGAUUUCCUGGUGGAACAGAUUGGUACUGAGUGUGACAGAGAUGAAGACCACACCUACUUGAUUCUGAGGGCUAUUGGAAAUAUGGGUAAAACCAUGGAGCAGGUAACACCAACAGUCAAAUCUGCAGUCCUAAAAUGCAUCCAGAGUACAAGGCAAUCGCUGCUGAUUCAGAAAGCUGCCAUCCAGGCCCUGAGGAAGAUGGAGAUGACAGACGAGGUCCAGGGCAUCCUUCUUCAGACUUUGCUCGAUGAUACUUCCCCAACGGACAAGCGGCUGGCUGCCUACCUCAUGUUGAUUAGGGAGGCUUCCCAAUCAGCUAUUAACCAAAUUGCCCAACUUCUCCCUGGGGAAAAGAAUGAGCAAGUGAAAAACUUCGUUGCUUCCCACCUUGCCAACAUCUUAAACUCAGAAGAACCACACAUCCAAGAUCUGAAAGAUUUAGUGAAAGCAGCUCUCGAAGGAUCUCAGCUUCCAAGUGUCAUGGACUUCAGAAAAUUUUCCCGGAACUAUCAACUUUCCAAAUCUGUUUCUCUUCCAUCACUUGCCCCAGUCUCAGCCAAAAUUGAAGGAAAUCUGAUAUUCGAUUCUGAUAAUUACAUUCCUAAAGAAAGCAUGCUCAAAACAACCCUCAGUGUCUUUGGAUUUGCUCCAGCUGACCUCUUUGAGAUUGGCUUAGAAGGAAAAGGAUUUGAGCCCACACUAGAAGCUCUUUUUGGAAAGCAAGGAUUUUUCCCAGACAGUGUCAAUAAGGCUUUGUAUUGGGUUGAUGGUCGAGUUCCUGAUUUUAUUUCCAAAGUCUUGAGGGACUACUUUGGCUACACCAAGGAAGAUAAACGUGAGCAGGACAUGGUAAAUGGAAUGAUGCAAAGUUUUCACAAGUUGCUCAGAGACUUAAACUCCAAAGAGGUCCCCGAAGCCAGAGCUUACCUGCGUAUCCUGGGAGAGGAGCUUGGCUUUGUCAAAUUCCAAGACCUCCAGCUCCUACGAAAUCUGCUGCUGAAUGGUGCUCGCACUCUGCAGGGGAUCCCCAAAAUGAUUGCAGAGGCUGUAAUGAAAGGAUCAAAAGAUGACUGGUUCCUUCACUACAUCUUCAUGGACAAUGUCUUUGAGCUCCCCACUGGAAUCGGGUUACAACUGCAAGUAUCCUCCUCUGGAGUCAUCACUCCUGGAACCAAGGCUGGAAUGAAAUUGGACGUAAGCCAUAUGCAGGCCGAGCUGGUGGUAAAGCCCUCUGUGUCUGUGGAGUUUGUGACCAGCAUGGGCAUCAUCAUUCCAGACUUUGCCAGGAGCGGCAUCCAGAUGAACACCAACUUCUUCCAUGAGUCAGGCCUGGAAACUCGUGUUGCCCUAAAGUCUGGGCAGCUGAAGUUCAUCAUUCCCUCCCCAAAGGGGCCAGUGAAGCUGUUCAGUGCCAGCAACUCAUUGCACUUGAUUUCCACCACCAAAACAGAAGUGAUCCCACCUCUGAGUGAGAACAGGCAGUCCUGGUCAACCUGCAGGCCUUUCUUCACUGGUCUGAACUACUGCAUCACGGGUGCUUACUCUAACGCCAGCUCCACAGACUCUGCCUCCUAUUACCCACUGACAGGAGACACCAGAUUUGAGUUGGAAUUGACACCUACUGGAGAAGUAGAGCAGUAUUCUGCCAGUGCAACGUAUGAACUUAAGGGAGAUGACGCCGCUUUGGUGGAUACACUGACAUUUGUAACUCAGGCAGAAGGUGUGAAGCAGACUGAGGCUAUCAUGAUGUUCAAAUACAACCGGCAAAGUAGGACUUUGUCCAGUGCCAUCCAAAUUCCAGAUUUUAACGUUGACCUUGGGACAAUCCUCAGACUUAACGAUGAGUCUGAGAAGGACAAAAAAUCCUACAAACUCACCUUGGACAUUCAGAACAAGAAAAUCACUGAGGUCACCCUCAUGGGCCACGUGAGUUGUGAUAUGAGGGGAGAAGGCAAAAUCAAAGGUGUCAUUUCCAUACCGCGCCUACAAGCAGAAGCCAGAAGUGAGAUCCUCACCCACUGGUCUCUUGCAAAACUGCUCCUCCAGAUGGACUCAUCUGCUACUGCUUAUGGCUCAACACUUUCCAAGAGGGUGGCAUGGCGCUACGAUAAUGAAAAGAUUGAAUUUGAAUGGAAUGCUGGCACCAAUGUGGACACCAAAAAAUUGGCUUCCAAUUUCCCUGUAGAUCUGUCUGAUUAUCCUAGCAGCUUGCAUGUGUAUGCCAAUAGUCUUUUGGAUUACAGAGUUCCUCAAACAGACAUGACCUUCCGGCAUGUGGGUUCCAAAUUAAUACUUGCAACAAACACCUGGCUUCAAGAGGCAUCCCAGAGUCUUCCUUAUGCCCAGACUUUGCAGUAUCACCUCAGUGGCCUCCAGGAAUUGAACCUCCAGAAAAUGGGGUUGCCAGACUUCCACAUCCCAGAAAACCUCUUCUUAAAAAGUGAUGGCCGGGUCAAAUACACUUUGAACAAGAACGUCAUGACAAUUGACAUUCCUUUGCCUCUUGGUGGCAAAUCCUCCAAAGAUCUAAAGUUGUUGGAGACCAUAAGGACACCAGCCCUCAACUUCCAUCCUGUGGGAUUCUAUCUGCCACCUAAAGAGUUUCAAGUCCCCACUUUUACCAUUCCCAAAUUAUAUCAACUUCGAGUGCCUCUCCUCGGUGUUCUAGACCUCUCCACAAAUAUCUACAGCAAUGUGUACAACUGGUCUGCCAGCUACACCGGUGGAAACACCAGUGCAGACCACUUUAGCCUUCAGGCUCGGUACCGUGUGAAGGCUGACUCUGUUGUUGAUCUAUUUUCCUACAGUGUGCAAGGUUCUGGAGAAACAACAUACGACCAUAGGAAUACAUUCACAUUAUCAUGUGAUGGAGCUCUACGCCACAAAUUUCUGCAUUCCAACUUCAAAUUCAGUCAUGUAGAAAAAGUGGGAAGCAACCCAGCCUCGAAAGGUUUCCUAACAUUUGAUGCAUCCAGUGCCUGGGGACCACAAAUGUCUGCCUCAGUCUACUUGGACUCAAAGAAGAAACAGCAUUUGUACAUCCGAGAAGUCAAAAUGGACGGCCAAUUCAGAGCCUCUUCGUUUUAUGCCAAAGGCAUGUAUGGCUUGUCUUGUCGGAGGGAUUUGACCACUGGCUGGCUGAGUGGAGAGUCCAAUUUGAAGUUCAACUCCUCCUACUUUGAGGGCACCAACCAGAUAAUAGGAAGGUAUGAAGAUGGAACCCUCUCCCUCACCUCCACUUCUGAUCUUCAAGGGGGCAUCUUCAAAAACAGUGCUUCUCUGAAAUAUGAGAACUACGAGUUAACUCUGAAAUCUGAUGCCAACGGCAAGUAUGAGGACUUUGCCACUUCCAACAAAUUGGAUCUGACUUUAUCUAAGGAAAAUGCAUUGCUACGUGCUGAGUAUCAGGCCGAUUACAAGUCCCUGCGGUUCUUCGCCCUGCUUUCUGGAUUGCUGAACUCCCAGGUUCUUGAAUUAAAUGCAGAUAUAUUGGGCACUGACAAAAUUAAUACUGCUGCUCACAAGGCAACAUUAAGGAUUGGCCAAAAUGGAAUAUCUACCAGUGCAACGACCAGUCUGAGGUACAGUCCCCUGAUGCUGGAGAAUGAGCUGAAUGCAGAACUCGCCCUCUCGGGGGCAUCUGUGAAGUUAAUAACAAAUGGCCGCUUCAAGGAACACAAUGCAAAGUUCAGCCUAGACGGCAAAGCUGCCCUGACAGAGGUAUCCCUGGGAAGUGCGUAUCAGGCCAUGAUUCUGGGUGCCGACAGCAAGAAUGUUUUCAAUUUCAAAAUCAGUCAAGAGGGACUUAAGCUUUCCAAUGAUAUGAUGGGCUCCUACGCUGGAAUGAAAUUUGACUACACAAAUAAUCUGAACAUUGCAGGCUUAUCACUGGAUUUAUCUUCAAAAUCUGACAACAUUUAUAGUUCUGACAAGUUCUAUAAACAAAAUUUCAAUUUCCAGCUGCAGCCCUAUUCUCUUGUAACUACCUUAAACAGUGACCUGAAAUACAGUGCUUUUGGUCUGACCAGCAGUGGGAAAUUACGGCUGGAACCCCUGAAGCUGAACAUGGCUGGCGACCUAAAGGGAUUCUACCACAAUGAUGAAAUCAAACACGGCUACAUCAUUUCUUAUGCUGACUUGUCUGCGAGUUAUAAAGCAGAAACUGUGGCAAAAGUUCAGGGUGUGAGAUUUAACCAUCGGAUCAACACAGAUAUUGGUUGGCUGGUUUCAUCUGCUGACAUCAGUACAAAUUAUAAUUCAGACUCCCUUCAUUUCAACAACAUUUUCCACUCUGUAAUGGGCCCAUUUAGCUUAACCAUUGAUUCACUUACAAAUGGCAAUGGGAAACUGGUUUUAUGGGGAGAGCAUACUGGAAAGCUAUACAGCAAGUUCGUGUUGAAAGCAGAACCUCUGGCUUUUACUUUCUCUCAUGACUACCAAGGAUCUUUAAGGCACCAUCUCUUGACCAGGGGAAUUGUCAGUACCACCUUUGACCACAAAAUCAAUGCCCUGCUUUCUCCAACUGAGCAGAAAGGCACCUGGAAACUUAAGACCCAAAUAAACAACAAUGAGUACAGCCAGGACUUUGAGGCUUACAACAACAAAGACAAAAUCGGUGUGGAGCUUAAAGGAGGAGCUCUGGUUGACCUGAUGAUGCUAGACUACCCAAUUGAAGUGCCACUUCUACUCAGGGAGCCCAUCAACAUCAUCGAUGCCUUAGAGCUGAGAGAUGCUAUUGACAAGCCCCAAGAAUUCACAAUUGUAUAUUUUAUAAAGUAUGAUAAGAACCAAGAUGUCCAUACUAUCAACCUCCCUUUCUUGAAUAGCCUGCUGGAAUACUUUGAGAGGAAUCGCAUGCUGUUGGUUACAGCACUGGAAACCAUACAGGGAGAACUGAAACGCAUCAAUGUUGAUCAGUUUGUGAGGAGCUAUAGAGCAACCCUGGGCAAACUCCCACAGCAAGCUAAUGAUUAUCUGAAUGCACUCAACUGGGAGAAACAAGUUUUAAGUGCCAAGGAAAAGCUAACUGCCUUCACAAAAAAUUAUAAACUUACAGAUCAUGAUCUACAAAGUGCAUUGGAUAAUGCUAAAAUCAACUUAAAUGAAAAACUGUCUCAACUGCAGACAUAUGUGAUACAAUUUGAUCAGUAUAUUAAAGAUAAUUAUGAUCUACGUGAUUUUAAAAUAGCUAUAGCUAAGAUUAUAGAUCAAAUCAUUGAAAAAUUAAAAAUUCUUGAUGAACAUUAUCAUUUACGUGUACAUUUAGUUAAAUCAAUCCACAAUCUGUACUUGCUCAUUGAAAAUAUUGACUUUAAAAAAACUGAAAGUAGUGCUGCAUCUUGGAUUCAAAAUGUGGAUACCAAGUAUCAAAUCAGAAUCUGGAUACUAGAAACAUUGCAACAGCUUAAAACACAGAUUCAGAAUAUAGACAUCCCACACCUGGCUGGGAAACUGAAACAACAGAUUGAAGCUCUUGAUGUCACAGUGCUUUUAGCUCAAUUGAGAACUACAAUUCCAUUUCACAAAAUAAGUGACAUUAUUGAAUAUGUCAAAUAUUUUGUUAUAAAUCUUAUUGAAAAUUUUGAAAUAACUGAGAAUGUCAAGGCUUUGAGAGCGACAGUUCUUGAGUUGAUUAAGAAAUAUGAAGUAAACCAACAAAUCAAAGAAAUAGUGGAUAGAUUGGUGGAGCUGGCCCACCAAUACAAGUUGAACGAAACUAUUCAGAAACUAAGCAAUGUCCUACAAGGAGUAGAGAUACAAGAUUAUUUUGAGAAGUUGGUUGGGUUUGUGGAUGAUGCUGUCAUACAGCUUAAAGCAUUGACUUUUGAAAAAUUAAUUGAAGAAGUAAACAGAUUCCUUGACUUGCUGGUGAAGAAAUUAAAAUCAUUUGAUUACCACCAGUUUGUAGAUGAAACCAACAACAAAAUUCGAGAGGUGACUCAGAAAAUAAACUAUGCAAUUCAGGCUCUGGAAAUAGCACAGAAAGCAGAAGCACUGAAACUGUUUGUGGACGAUGUCAAGGCAAUGGUCUUGGACUGUCUGGAAAAGCUAAAGGACACUAAAGUAACCUUAGUCACUGACUGGUUACAGGAUGCUUUAAACUCCAUAUCUUUGAUUCAUGUGAAAGCUAAAUUCGUAGAGACCCUGGAAGACAUACGAGACCGAGUUUAUCAAAUGGACAUUCAGCAGGAACUAAUGAGGUACUUGUCUCUAACGGGCCAAGCUUACAGUACUCUUGUCACCUACAUUUCUGACUGGUGGAGGCUUGCUGCUAAGAACCUUACUGACUUGGCAGAGCAGUAUUCCAUCCAAGACUGGGCUGAAAACCUGAAAGCCUUGGUGGAACAGGGGUUCACUGUUCCUAAAAUCCAGACCACCCUGGGGACGAUGCCUGCCUUUGAGAUCAGUCUCCGUGCCCUGCAGGAAGCUACCUUCCACACUCCUGAAUUCAUAGUUCCGUUCACAGAUUUGAGGAUUCCAUCUGUUCAAAUAAAUUUCAAAGAGCUGAAAGAUAUAAAAAUCCCUUCCAGGUUUUCUACACCAGAAUUCACAAUCCUCAACACCUUCCACAUCCCUUCAUUUACAAUUGACUUAGCAGAGAUAAAAGUGAAGAUCAUCAGAACCAUAGAUCAAAUGCUGACCAGUGAGCUGCAGUGGCCAAUUCCAGAAGUAUAUCUGAAGGAUCUGAAACUGGACUCAAUUCUUGCUAGAAUCACUCUGCCAGAUUUCCAUUUACCAGAAAUCACAGUUCCAGAAUUCACACUGCCAAAUCUCAGCUUUAAAGAUCUUCAAGUUCCUGACCUUCACAUACCAGAAUUCAAGCUUCCCCACUUCUCAAACACCAUCAAAGUACCUACUUUUGGCAAGCUAUAUGGUGGCUUGAAAAUCCAGUCUCCACUUCUCACAUUAGAUGCAAAUGCUGACAUAAAAAAUGGAACUGCUUCAGCAGAAAAAGCAGUGUUCACAGCUUCAGUUGCUGCUAAAGGAGAAUCCAGAUUAGAAGUUCUCAAUUUCGAUUUUCAAGCAAAUGCACAACUCUCUGACUCUAAGAUUAAUCCUUGGGUUCUAAAGGAAUCCAUGAAGUUCUCCAGCAAGUACCUGAGAACACAACAUGAGAGUGAACUGCUAAUUUUUGGAAAUGCUAUUGAGGGAAAGUCGGACACAGUGGCAAGUCUGCACACUGCAAGAAAUACACUGGAGCUUCACAAUGCUGUGAUGGUCAAGAUGAAUACUCAGCUGGCUCUGGAGAGCAGCACAAACUACUCCCAUACACUGAGCAUCCCUAAUCUGGACUUCUCCAGUCAGGCUGACCUGCAGAAUGAGAUCAAGACACUAUUGGAAGCUGGAUAUAUGACCUGGACUUCUUCUGGAACAGGCACAUGGAAAUGGGCCUGCCCCAAAUUCUCAGAUGAGGGAACACAUGAAUCACAAAUCAGCUUCACCAUGACAACACCCAUCACUUCCUUUGGAUUGUCCAAUAAGAUUAACAGCAAAUACCUAAAAGUAAACCAAAAUGUGGCUUAUAAUUCUGGCCUUUUCAAUUUCUCUAAAUUUGAAAUUCAGUCACAAAUUGAAUCUCAAUAUUUGGGCCACAGCAUUUUAACCGCAAAAGGCACAGCACUGCUUGAAGAAGGGAAGGCAGAGAUGAAUGGCAACCAUGUUGCUCAUUUAAAUGGAAAAGUCAGUGGAACUUUGAAAAAUUCUCUCUCUGUUUUAGCACAGCCGUUUGAGAUUACUGCAUCCAUGAACAAUGAAGGGAAUUUGAAAGUCGGUUUUCCAUUAAAAUUAACAGGUAAAAUAGACUUCCUGAAUAACUAUGCACUGCUUCUGAGUCCUCGUGCCCAGCAAGCAAGCUGGCAGGCAAGUGCCAGGUUCAACCAAUAUAAAUACAAUCAUAAUUUCUCUGCUGGAAACAAUGAGAACAGCCUUGAGGCCCACAUAGGAAUAAAUGGAGAUGCCAAUCUGGAUUUCCUAAAUAUUCCUUUAACAAUUCCUGAAAUGAAUAUACCUUAUACAACACUUACCACUCCCCCGCUGAGAGAUUACUCCUUAUGGGAACAAACAGGCUUGAAGGAAUUCCUGAAAACAACAAAGCAAUCAUUUGACUUAAGUGUUAAGGCUAAAUACAAGAAAAACAAGGAGAAGCACUCCAUUGCAAUUCCGUUAGGUACACUUUACAAGUUUAUCAGUCAGAACAUCAAUUCCUUUGGCAGGCAUAUAGAGAACAGCAGAAACGAUGCAUUAGAUUUUCUCACCAGAUCCUAUAAUGAAGCAAAACUUAAGUUUGAUAAGUAUAAAGUGGAAAACUCUCUCAACAGAGUCCCCAGGACCUUCCAAACCCCUGGAUACACCAUUCCAAUUGUCAACAUAGAAGUGUCACCACUCAUAGUACAGAUGUCAGCAUUCAGCCAUCUGAUCCCACAGACCAUCAGCACCUCCAAGAUCACCAUCCUGGACUUGGGUUUCAAUGUGCCUUCAUAUACAUUGACCCUGCCAUCCAUAGAGCUGCCAGUCCUUCAUAUCCCCAAGAAUCUACUCAAGAUUUCUUUUCCAGAUUUUGAGGAAUUGAAGACCAUUAACAACAUUUUUAUUCCAGCCAUGGGCAAUAUUACCUAUGAUUUUUCUUUUAAAUCAACAGUCAUUACAUUGAAUACCAAUGCUGGACUUUAUAACCAAUCAGAUAUUGUUGCUCAUUUCCUUUCCUCGUCUUCCUCCGUCAUUGAGGCACUACAGUACAAAUUAGAGGGCACGUCAAGUUUGACAAGAAAAAGAGGGUUGAAGUUAGCCACAGCUCUGUCUCUGAAUAACAAAUUUCUGGGAGGCACUCAUGACAGUACUAUCAGCUUAACCAAGAAAAGCAUGGACGUCUCACUAGCAACAUCUGCAGAUGUCCACAUUCCCACUUUGAGGAUGAAUUUCAAGCAAGAACUUACUGGAAAUACCAAAUCAAAACCUAUUGUCUCUUCAUCCAUUGAAUUAAAGUAUGAUUUCAAUUCCACAAAACUCCAUUCUACUGUUAAAGGGGCAGUGAAGCACAAACUCAACCUAGAAAGCCUCACCUCUUACUUUUCCAUUGAGUCAUCUACCGGCGGAGAUAUCAAGGGCUCAUUCUUUUCACGGGAAUAUUCAGGAACUGUUGCCAGUGAGGCCAACACUUAUUUGAAUCCCAAGGGCACUCGGUCUUCAGUGAAGCUUCAUGGGGCUUCCAGAUUGGAUGAUAUCUGGAACCUUGAAGUAAAAGAGAAUUUUGCUGGAGAAGCCACUUUCCAACGAAUCUAUGCCAUGUGGGAACACAAUGCCAAAAACAGUUUACAGCUACAGUAUUUCUUUUAUACACAUGGAGAACAAAUGAGCAAAGCUACCUUAGAACUCUCACCAUGGACAAUGUCAGCCCUUGUUCAGGUCCGAGGAAAUCAGCCCAACCAUCUCCUUGAUAUCCCCUACUUUGGCCAGGAUGUGGGCCUGAAUGCUAAUUUUAAGAACCAACAGCUCAAUUGGAAAAGUGAGGUCCAGUUUAAUUUGGGCUCUCUUCAAAACAAAGUACAGUUUUCCAACAACCCAGAAGAGGCACGUCUUGACAUUGCUGGGUCCUUAGAAGGACACUUAGCAUUCCUCAAAACUAUCAUCCUGCCAGUUUAUGACAAGAGUGUAUGGGACCUCAUGAAGCUGGAUGUAACCACUAGUACCAACAGAAGACAAUAUCUUCGUGCCUCAACUGCCCUUGUGUACACCAAGAACCCCAAUGGCUAUGCUUUCUCUCUUCCUGUGCAAGAAUUGGCAGAUAAAUUCAUCAUCCCUUGGCUGAAACUAAAUGAUCCAAACUCAGUUUUUGUCACACCUAUGUUCCAAGUCCCAUUUACAGAUCUUCUGGUUCCAUCCUACAAACUUGACUUCAAUGAAAUAAAGAUCUAUAAGAAGAUUAGUACUUCACCAUUUGCCCUCAACCUACCAAUAUUACCCAACAUAAAAUUCUCUGAAGUUGAUGUGUUAACAAAAUAUUCUGGACCACAAGAUGCCUCAGUUCCCUUUUUUGAGAUAACGGUUCCUGAAUUUCAGGUAACUGUGUCCCAGCUCACUUUUCCAAAAAGUAUUCCAGUUGGCAGCACUGUUUUGAAUUUAAAUGAGGUAGUCAACAAGAUUGCAGAGUUUGAGCUACCUUCCAUCACCGGGCCUGAGCAGACAAUUCAGAUUCCUUCCACCAAAUUGUCUGUACCUGCUGGAAUUUUCAUUCCUUUCUUUGGCACACUGACUACACAAUUUGGGUUGGCCUCUCCCCUGUAUAAUGCCACUUGGAGUGCUGGUUUGAAAAACAAGGAAGACCAUGUUGAAACAUUCUUGGACUCCACUUGCAGUUCAACCAUCCAGUUCCUGGAAUAUGACCUCAAUGUUGUGGGAACACACAAAAUGGAAGAUGGCGUGUUCAUCUGUGAGACCAAAGGAACAUUCGCACAUCGUGACUUCAGUGCAGAGUACAAAGAAGGAAUCAAGUACAAAGGACUUUGGGACUGGGAAGGAGAGAGUCGCCUAGAUGUCACUAGCCCAGCACUCACUGAUUUCCACAUGUACUACCACAGAGAUGACAAAACUCUCUCCUUCUGGGAAGCCUCUCCAGCCGUUGGCACCAUAGGCAUGGAUUUGGAAAGUGGUGAAGAUAGUUUGAAGUGGAACUUCUACUUCUACCCUCAGUCUUCUCCAGCUAAAAAACUCAAUAUAUUAAAAACUGAGCUUAGGUACAAAGAAGUUGAUAGAGAAAUACAGAUCGAAGCUCACUGGGAAAAAGAGGCCGCCUCCAGAUUGAUAGGCUACCUACAAGACAACGUGCCCAAAGCCGUGAUGGCCUUUCAUGACUAUGUCAGCAAGUACCAUCAGGAGCACACAGGACUCAGCCUGAGAGAUGCUUCUUUAAGGCUUCGGAGAAGUCUGCACAACAGUGCUGAGCAGGCUUAUCAAGAGGCUAUGAGACAGACUGAUGAGAUGCACGUGAGGUUGCAGAGGGCCGCCAGCAGUACCACGAGAACUUACCAGGAGUGGCAGGACAAGGCUCAGACUCUGUACCAGGAGCUCCUGGCUCAGGAAGACCAAAUGACUUCCCAGAGACUCAAGCAGAAGGUGGUUGACAGCUUAGUAUGGGUUUUUCAGGAAUACCACAAGGCAGCCAAGCGUGUGAUUGACUCAUUCUUUGAUUUCUUGAAGUUCAUCACAUUCCAACUGCCAGGGAAAGAAGGGAUGUAUACCGGAGAUGAACUCUGCACUAUGGUCUUGAGGAAAAUGGGAAAAGUACUGUCCCAGAUGCAGUCUGGAAUCCAUACUGGGUUAGAAAUGCUAUUGUCCUAUACCCAAGAUCUAGUGGAGAAAUCUAAAUUAACCAAGGACCUAAUUAUUAGACAUUCCUUUGAUUCAAAGGGUUAUAAACUAACAGAUCUAAUCCUGGCAUGUAGAAAACUUUUCGAAUAUUUAUCACAAGAAAUCCAAAAGGCAUUUAAUAAACUCCAGUCUGCCACAUUUACAGAGAUACUAAAUUAUGUUCAGGACAUUUUAGAAGGUGGCUUCCAAAAUAUAGAAAAAGAAAUCAAAUGCUUAAAGGAUAUAGAAUUUACUGAUGCCAUUCAUGACAUCAAUGUGGUCGUCCAAAAUUUAAUUCCAUAUGGUGGAUAUUUGAAGGAGAAUCUAUACCUUAACCUCGAUAAAUUCAAUGAGUUUGUUCAAAACAAACUUAAGGAAGCUUAUCAAGAGUUACAGAAGUUCCAACAGUACAUAAAGGCUCUUCAUGAGGAAUAUUUUGAUCCAAGUCUAGCUGGCUGGACAGAGAAAUAUUAUGAACUUGAAGAAAAGAUUAUCAAUGUGAUCCACAGUCUAGUAGCUGUCCUUAAGGACUUGCAUUCCAAAUUUACUGUCAGUGCUGCUGGCUUUGCUUCCCAGCUCUCAAAUCAAGUUGAGCAAUUUAUGCACAGAGAUAUCCAGGAAUAUCUCAGCAUCCUUACUGAUGCAGAUGGAAAAAGGAAAGAGAAGAUUGCAGAGCUUUCUUCUGUCACUCAGGAAAUAAUUAAAAACUGGGCCACUGUGAUGAAGGAAAUCAUUUCUGAUUACCACCAGCAGUUCAGAUAUAAACUACAACAUUUUUCAGACCUGCUCUCCAAUUAUCCUGAAAACUUCAUUGCCGAGUCCAAAAGAUUGAUUAACCAGUCCAUUCAAAGCUGCCACAUGUUUCUGAGUUAUAUUGUUGAGUUACUGAUGAAUCUGCGAUUAGCUAUAGGCAGUGAAAUGAGCCCCCACAUAAAGCUUGCUCCAGAAGAACUCACUAUCAACUUCAGUGUUUAAAGGCGUCCUCAUGUAUUCUUCUGUUCCAAUUAAACUUUCACUUAGUAGGGAAAAAUUCAAACUGUAUGCAUUGAUAAAACCAUACAAUGAGCCAGCCCUAUGGUAGGCAGCUGACUACAAGCAAAAGCGCAUACAGAUAGAACACUCACUGGGCCAUCUAAAGACCUUUGA